AAUUUAUCAUAGUGCCCCUGUCAAAUAAUUUUUACAUUUUAAUUUAAAAAAAAAUAAUUAAUACAAAGAGUAAAACAUGAAAAAAAAAAAUUCAAAAUAAGUAAAAUUAGAAAAUUUGGAAUGGUAAUUUGAGGUGGAGGAACUAUAAUUUAAACGAGAACAAACUAUAGAACAAGGAGCCCUAUCAUUACGACUCUAUUUAUUAGAGUACUGAUCCCUGUUUAAUUAAUGCUUUAAUUAAUCUCAAUCAGCUCCCUAACACUGUCUCUUGUUUCAGCUCCUUCUUUCCUUUCCUGUUUAUAAAUCCACACACAUCUUGGGCUUAAGAACAACCAGAAGUGCAAGGCGUUUGUUAUUCUUAGCUAUGGCGAUGAUGGUUGAUGAAACCAUCCCAGAUUUUGAUUAUUAUGGUAGCCUAAGCACUACCACCACUACCACUACCGCUACAACAACUACCUCCUCUUCAGAAAAUGAUCAUGAUCAUGGUUGUACAUGGAAUGACUGGUCGCCUGUUUUAGAUUGGGGUGCAUUUUCUGGUGGCGAUAAUUUCCAAGAUCUAAUUGAAUCCAUGAUCCAGGGGCACAAUUCAACAGGAGGGGUAAAUGUGAAUUUCCACCCAUCUGUCAAUUACUUUUGGAAAUCUAUAUCCUCGGAGGAUUCUGCAGGGCUGAUAGAGGAAGAUUAUUUGGAAGACUCUAAUAACAAUCAAUCGGCAGAUAUCAACGGGCUGAAGCUUGUGCAUCUCCUCAUGGCGGCGGCGGAGGCGUUAAGCGGCGUGAACAAAAGCCGUGAGUUGGCUCGAGUGAUAUUGGUUCGGCUCAAGGAAUUGGCGUCCCCAAACGGCGCCACCAACAUGGAGAGAUUGGCUGCGCAUUUCACUGACGCCUUGCAGGCAUUGCUCGAUGGCGCCGCUUCAGGAACCUUGCACGCUAAGCACAUGUUUUCCCCUAACUACAAGGACGAGCAGCAUCAGGGAGAUGUGUUGGCAGCUUUUCAGCUAUUGCAGGAUAUGUCUCCUUUUGUCAAAUUUGGGCACUUUACAGCAAACCAAGCUAUCUUGGAAUCUGUUGCCCAUGAUAGGAGAGUCCAUAUUGUGGACUACGAUAUUAUGGAAGGGAUCCAAUGGGCCUCCUUAAUGCAAGCCUUUGUGUCCAGAAAAGAUGGCCCCCCAACUCCCCACCUCCGGAUCACAGCAUUGUCAAGGAGUGGCAGCGGCCGUCGGUCUUUCGGGACUGUCCAAGAGACUGGCCGUCGUCUAACUGCGUUCGCCGCAUCCAUCGGUCAGCCAUUUUCGUUUCAUCACUGCAGAUUAGACUCAGACGAAACAUUUAAGCCAACAAAUCUCAAGUUAGUUAGAGGAGAAGCUCUAAUUAUUAAUUGCAUGUUGCACCUGCCUCAUUUUAGCUAUCGAGCAUCGGAUUCAGUUGCAUCCUUCUUAUCCGGAUCAAAAAACUUGAAUCCGAGACUCGUGACCCUAGUUGAAGAGGAAAUCAGACCCAUAGGAGAAGAAGAAGGGUUCGUGGGUCGGUUCAUGGACACUUUGCACCACUACUCGGCUCUCUAUGAUUCGCUUGAGGCCGGGUUUCCGUUGCAAAGUCGAGCUCGGACUUUGGUGGAGCGGGUAUUCCUCAGGCCUCAUAUAACUGGGUCAUUGGCCCGGAUCUACCGGGUCCGGGAAGAGGACGAAAGGUACUCAUGGGGGGAGUGGUUGGGUGCCGUGGGGUUCUGUAAGAGUAAUAUAAGCUUUGCAAAUCAUUGUCAAGCAAAAUUGCUGUUGGGGCUAUUCAAUGAUGGGUAUAGGGUGGAGGAAAUUGGGACCAAUAAGCUGGUUUUAGGAUGGAAGUCCCGGCGCCUAUUUUCUGCUUCUAUUUGGAACACAACGGACACUGACUUGUAAUGACAAAAUGUAUAUAAUUCUUUCAAGUGUGCCGCCCCUAUCCCCUCGCCCAAGUCUUUAUCUACUGUGAGUUAGUUUGGUUGGAAAUAAACUCUCUUAUCUGAUUCUUGAGAAGGAUUAAAAAUAAUACUAUAAUCUCAGAAUGAGUUAUUUCAUAAAUUUUGUUCCAAUUAAACAUAUAAUAUGGUCAUCUUUAAAUUAAUUCAGUGAUUAGUUAUCUCUUAUUUCUUCUACCAAACAAUCCACCCAAGUGUGUAUUAUUGUAGUCCUUUUCUGUUGGUGUUAUUUUGGACUAAAGCUAUUCUUUUGCGAGGCUUUUCAUCGAUUCCUAUGCCAAGUUGCUACCAUGUGUCUUGUAUAAUCCCUUUCUUGUGUUAUUUUGGUUUGAAACUGUUAAUUUUGUGAGGAUUUUCUUCAAUUCUUAUGCUACG